AUGACGAUCAAUUACAACUUGGCUGUAUCAACGUCAAAACCAUGGACUUUGUUCAAACUGCUACUGAAAUGGCGAGGAAGCAUCUGGAAAGCGGUGAUGUUGGAGCUUGUUGUAUGGUUGAUGUUCUACGGAAUUCUUAGCAUUAUCUAUCGAACCGCUUUGUCGUACGAACAACAAAAGACUUUCGAGAGAGUGGUGAUAUAUUGUGAAGCUAGACUUACCUAUAUACCUCUAAAUUUCAUGUUAGGAUUUUUCGUCACAGCAGUCACGGCUGAAAUCAAAAUCUAUUGCAAAUAUUCGCAUGUUACCCCGAUAGUUUUCGAAAGUUUUCUCACUGGAUUAGGCGAUCAUGGACAUUCUUUGCUCGCUACCGUUUAUGCACCUCAUCGUCUGUUUACUGUUAGGGGCCAGUACGGUAUUCGAAACAGCGCACUGAUGGGCACACUUCCCCUUCCUUAUGAAAUCGAUCCUUCAUUGCGUUGUUAUCCGAGGGCAUUGGCCGAGUGA